UGCAACACUGAAAAACUUCACAGCAAGUGUCUGCUACGCGAAAUUAAAUUUAGUUAUACACACAUAGCCUCUAACUUCUGUUGUGUAACAGUAAUUUAGCGUUUGUACAGCAGAAGAUAUUUCACUGGGCUAUUGCAUGGGUUCAACAGUAUCAAAAAGGACUGGAAGUUGGUUUGGAUACUUUCUGAUUGGUUAUAUGCAUUCGUACCAUCCUAAAGGAUACUAAACUUCAGUUCUUCAUUUAAUCUUUACUAUCUUGCCAUAAAACCUCCUGGUCCCAACAUCUGCUGAGAUGUAUGAACAACAACACUGCAGCACUUGUCAGCAUCUUCUCUCAAGCGGAUAUUUCUCUCCAAAUGCACCAUGGAAGUUGUAGGUAUAUGUCCAACAUUGGACGCUCCAUCAGAAGAGUACAGGUCUAAGACCAUUAAAGACAUUGACACAUGGACGGCCAUGGAGCAGCACGCUGGACCUGUUGGGAAGAAAUGGCUGCUGGUCGAUGUUAUUCUCAUUGGAGGAGCUCCAUGGGGAUUUACUCUGAGAGGAGGUCUGGAACACCAAGAACCACUGAUUAUUACAAAGGUGGAGGAGGGAAGUCGAGCGGCAUCAGCCCAGCUGCAGGUCGGUGAUGAAAUUGUCAGUAUUAAUGCAAUUCCUCUGAGCGGCUACAGACAGGAGGCAAUCUGCCUAGUGAAGAGCUCCUUCAAAACUCUGGCAUUGGGGUUAAAACGGAAGAAUGAACCUUUAUGCAGACCUCAGUCUUGGCAUUCUUCCAACAUCGCUGAGAAUUCCUCAGAAGUUCAUGAGAUUGAAGAUAAUACUGGGCUUGAACCUGUGUGGCAGACAAAGUGUGAUGCAGAUUCAUCAUCAAAUGACUUCAUUGUUUGUUGGAGCCAGACAAAUUUGCAGCGUGUGUCAUGCCAGUUCAGCUCAGUGGGCAACAUGGAACUUCUAGAGCACUCCUCUAACUCACAUCAUAGUGGAGCAGAAAAUCUAGCAACCACAAGUGUUGGUGAUAAUCAUAACUCUGGAUUUAGGGGAUUUUCUUCUUGUACCCCUGAACAGUGUUUGUCAGAAAGUGCUUCCACAACAGAGUCCACGUUUUACCAGGGCAGCCAAAGGGAACACCACAAGUACCUACAGAUUCCUGUGAGUAAUAAAGGUUGUAUCAGCCCUAAGAUCGAAGACAAGACUGGCUCCAGAUUCUUCUCCUCUGGGAGGUUAAAUAUUAACCCUGUGUGGCAUGUUCCAGAGACAUCUUCAGUGGCUUACUCAUCACCCACCCCGGCUCCACCUUUACACAAUGACAGUUUCAUGACAACUAAAGUUCAUGAGACGGGACUAGGCAUCCCAUACUCACAUGGACAACCUACACAUUCCCAUCAGAAAUCCUAUAGUAGAGUUACAGGCAGGCAGGCUGAUGAUUACAAUUUUAGUCAACAAGGACUCCAAUCACAACACAGCUACAACUCAACAUUUAAGAAAGAUUUUCUUCAGGUAUACCCAUCAGCUGCGGACUACUGCUCAAAUGAGCUGAAUACCACAAAGCUUUAUUCCUUAUCUAGUACUGACGUAAGACAAGGUCAGAACCCUUUUUCUUGUCAGCCUCAACACCAACGGCAGCGUAGUGAUGAGAGUCCAUUUUACCCUUAUCCCAAGAGCAGGUUUGCACCCAAAAUGCAGAGUGAGGGCAUCUACUACCACAGCCUGCAAAAUCUUCCCACUAAUAAGGGUUUCCAGAAGCAAACUGGAAGUACAACUGGGUUUAUGUCUAGCACAAAUAUUGACAACAGCUCUUAUGGAAUGGCUAAUUAUCGGUACUAUUGCAUUACUUCUGAAGAGCCCACACAGGAGUUCUCAGAUGGAGUUGAAGAGCAUAAAUCUAGGCCAGAAUCAAAUCCAACCCACAGUAGCAGUGACAGGAACCCCGUAAACCAUCAAAGAACCAUAAAAUUAAAGUACCCUCUAACUUCUUUGCAGGCAUCUGAGAACAAAAGCUAUAAACAUACAGUCGGUCCUCCGAAAUUAGAAGCUUCAGGUCCAGCAACAGUGAAGACUAACUCUGUGAAAAAAGAGAAGGAAAAUAAAUGGUGGAAGGAUGGAUCAAUUUCUGAGAACCAACACAACAACAACAUAGUGAAUCAACAGGCAGAACAGAGAUAUUUUACCAGAGAAAAUAAAGAUACCCAAAAUGGCCCUUGGAUAUCCAAGAAUGGACAUAAAAUCUGCCCUCAGAAGACCCCAUUGUUACAUUCUUUAGCUCAGGAGAACAGGGUUCUGGUUGAGAGUACCACGAUCAAAACAAAAGGGUGCUUAAUACAAGAAAAACCCGACCCCAUUAGUGGUAAGCAAGGAAGACGAAGUGACCGUUAUGCCACUAUUUUGCUCAAUGAGAUUCAAGAAAAGAGAGCCCAGCUGCAAAAGAGUCGGAGUGCAGCUACCUUAAAUUAUCCAGGUGAAUUUGAGGAGGAACUAGGGGUCUGGAAGUCCACAGAGACAUCAACAUCCUCUUCAGAUGGAUCUUUUACAAGCACCUACAAGGACCACCUGAAAGAGGCACAAGCCAGGGUUCUACAGGCCACAUCCUUUAAAAGGAGAGAUCUGGAGCUUUCUGGGAAUGAAACAUUUCAUGGUCAUUUAGCCACAAAAUCUACCAAUGGAAAUGUCUCCCGCAUUGGAAGUCGAAAACGUUUCUCCCUGGACAAAAGGGUCCAUUCUUUCUCAGAGCCUGACAAGAUCAAUGAAGUAGGUGUAGGAGACAAAACCUCAGAACAAGCAACUCUUGGAUCAUUCGUAGAUACAUUUAGGUUCUUUCAAGGAGCUUCUAGACCAACAUUUUCCAAACCCAUCCCAAAGAAUUCCCAAUUCAACCCCAGUGAAAGCAUCACUGGAGGAGAAAACAGGUUUUCUUUGCUUGUGGAUGAAACUGAGAUAAAGUCUGCAAAGAAACAGCUGUUCAGUUCAAACAAAUGUUACACCACGCCUGAAGAGCAGCAGCGACUGGGCACUUUUGCAGAAUAUGAGGCAACAUGGAACUUGCAAAAGAAGACAACAGGGGGAAGAACAUCCAGCAGAUAUCACUCUGCAGAGAACAUUUUGGAUUCAGGGAUAGAAGAAGGCAGCAGCACAGUCUGUAUUCAUGAAAGGUCCAGGUCCUCUCCUUCAGCAGACUUUCAUGGGGAAAAAAUCAGUCUGUCAGCAGAGAAGCCUUUGGUAGCAACUCAUUCAGAAAACAUCCUAGACCCAGAGACAAUUUAUAGUGACAGUAACCUGAUGGAGAACGCAACAGAGCCCAUCUCUGCUGUUAAAAACAUUCCUAUGAGGAUUGUCCAUGCAGAAGGCAUCUCUGAUGCAGAAAAUAAGAAUUAUCUGCUUCCCAAUGAGUCACCUGGUGGCACUGAUAAAGGUUUUACACACCAACUAAACGUACCCUGCUCUCCAGAGCAGCCUCCUUCCCUUUUCCAGGCCAUGCAAUUCAGUUUUUCUGAGGUCCAGAAGAUGGACAGCACAGAGACAGUGAAGCUGGGUGCAACUGCUAUUGGACUAUCUGAGGAGGAUGAGAAGACAGAAGAGUUAGCCAGAGAUAUUAUGGGAAUGGAUAAGAGUCUGGUAGACAUUUUGGAUCAGAGCAAGAUGAAGACCACUAUGGACCUAAUGGAAGGAAUCUACCCUCAAGGAGAACAGAUUCUAGAGGGCCUACAGCAGAGGAGAAAAUCAGCUUCAAAACAGUCUCCUAAAACCCCACCAGAGAAAGCCGAUGACAAAAUGGCGGCGUCCGCCUCCCUAGCAACGAGCUCUUCAUACUACAAUACGUCAGCUCCUAAAGCCGAGCUCCUGAUUAAGAUGAAAGACAUGCAAGAACAGAUGAAGGAGCAGGGCUCUGAAGAUGAACUUGAAUAUGAUCUGGCUAGUAAAAAGGAGCUGAUUGACAGCCUGAGCAGGAAACUUCAGGUACUACGUGAGGCCAGAAAAAGUCUUCUGGAGGACAUGCAGGACAACAACACCCUGGGUGAAGAAGUGGAGGCCACAGUGCAGGCCAUUUGCAAGCCUAAUGAGUUGGACAAGUUCUGCAUGUUUGUCGGAGACCUGGACAAGGUGGUCAGCCUACUGCUCUCACUGUCGGGGAGACUGGCACGUGUGGAAAAUGCUCUUAAUAACCUGGAGGAUGGUGUUUCAGCUAAUGAGAAGCAUACACUAACAGAAAAACGAAAGCUCCUGAUUCGCCAGCAUGAAGACGCCAAGGAGUUGAAGGAAAACCUGGACCGAAGGGAGCGCCUGGUCUACGAUAUCUUGGCCAGCUACCUGAGCGAGGAACACCUUGCUGACUACCAGCACUUUGUGAAGAUGAAGUCGGCACUCAUCAUUGAGCAAAGAAAACUUGAGGACCGGAUAAAAUUGGGAGAGGAGCAGCUAAAGUGUUUGAAGGACAGCCUGCCUCUGGAGCAGAGACUGGGCUACUAAACUUAAUUCAACUUCAUUUAUUUUGAAAGGUGACAGAUUGGCAUCUUGACUGUUCUAUAAAUAUGCAAGUAAUCUGUGAGGAAUUUACUCAGUAUUUAUAUUGAGUAAUAUAUAUAUAUAUAUAUAUAUAUAUAUAUAUAUAUAUAUAUAUAUAUAUAUAUAGAAAAAUAUAUAUGUGUGUGUGUGUGUGUGAUGCAUUAUAGUUUAUUGUUCUGGAUUGCUGUGUCUUUGCAUCUUUUGAGAGGCAUAGUGUCAGUGUCAACAAUUAUAGAGAUCUUUUUACUGCAUUUAUAACGUGUGAAUUUCCCUGUUAGAAAAGAAAAGAAAGGACAAGAAGUCAAGAAGCUGAUGCUGAGGUCUGAGCUAAGAUGCUGAAUUCUGUCAAAUAUAGGAAUUGAAAACUACAGCUGUAACACUCUCAUAAUACAAUUCUGAGGAUUGGAGGGGUUUGAGAGAAAGAAAGCCGGAGUUUUAUCCAAUAUUAAAGCCAUGUAAUAAUAGAUCAUUCCCGUUAGCUGUGGCUUUACUACAGUUAGAAAUUCCUUUACAAAAUCCUGUAAAUUCUCUUCAACUGUUUAUUCUUUCAUAUUCAGCAAGUGUUUUAUUUUGGUCAGUCAUGAUGGACACGGAGUCUAUCUCAGGAAUGCUGGCUAUGAAGCUGGAAUACUUCUUGGAUAAGAUGCCUAUCCCAUUCCUACAACAAAUUCAAAUUCAAAUUUUAUUUGUCACAUGCAGAGUAUGACAUGCAGUGAAAUGCUUUAGGGUUUUGCAUAUCCCAGGUUAUUAUGAGCCUGGGGUCAGAGCACAGGGUCAGCCAUAGUGCGGCACCCCUGGAGCAGGUGAGGUUAAGGGCCUUGCUCAAAACCACCACGUCCUCAAACAUCACGUCCUCAACAUACCUCAGAAAUGUUUUUGCGCCUGUAACUACAAUAACUUUAUGCAAAUGUCCACUAUAAGUUAGUUUAAAAGGUUUUUUCUUACCACAGAGAAAAUUGGUGAAACUGUUCAUGGAAAUGGACACAUAUUGUACAAUACAGAUGUAGUAGAUACCUGUAGAAACAAAAAUGAAACCUCCUGACUGAGAGUGUGCAUGAUUUGUUAUUUAACCUCUUCCAUCUUGAUAUAUCCUUGACAUACUUUAGCUGGUACAUUUCUAAGCUGUGAGCUUUUAUUUUUUACUUUAUUUAAUUUAUUUUUAGAGAAUGACCUGAAUGAAGUGGAUAAACUUCAUUUUAAUGAUAUUGAUAUAUAUUGUACAUUAAUAAUAUAAUAAUGAUGUUUAUAAAUUAGUAAGUAUUAUAUUACAGCAUGUAAACCGUUGAAGGUGAAGUAUAUUUAUAUGCAUAUUUAUGUAGCUAUAUACAUUUUUGCACUGGACUGCUGCCAGAUAAUUGGCUGAUUGUAUGCUGUAAAUUCUAUGAAUGAGCUGAGAUGCUGGCCAAUAUUAAAUUGGCCAGUAGAUGUAUAUCUUACAUCUAUGUAGAAUAUAUUAAGUUUGAAGUAGGUCAUGGCCUAUUUUAAGUAUGACGCAACCUUGUUUUUUCCUAACAGUUGACUCCAAAAUUUCCUAAAAACUUCCCGGAGCUCUGCAUAUGACAGAGUCUUAAAGGGACAAGCUUCAGUCAAGUCACUGUGCAACCACAACAGAGAUAGCACUUUAUUUAAGAUCCUAACACCCAGAUGAUGUACUCCACCAUCAACAUAAAACUCUGAACACGCCAAGCAUGAACUUGUGUAUUUCAAAUUUCAGCAUUAAAUGGGUGAUGAAGUAUAAUCUCAGCUUCUUUUGGUAUUUUUUAAUUAGCACUUACAAAAAUGGUCUUGUCUGUUUGCUGUUCGUACUAAAUUACAACCUCGGAAGAGUUUUCGGAUUGACAGUAUUCUCAGUAUUCUGUAUUCUUAGUCUGUGUUCUAGUAAACUAGUAGCAGAACGCAUUUAUUGACAGACUUUGAAGUACUCUUGUAAGUCACUCAAACUAUAAAUGAAUUUUGUGUACAUUUACAUUAUGUUGACUUCCUAAAAAUGCCACACCUUUGAAACAAAUAAACUUUGUGUGACUUAUCUAA